UAACCGUAUCAGUAGGCUUUACUAGUUAGCGGAAUGAAGAUAAUAGCACUCUUAUUAUUGGCUAAUCUCGGUAUUGCCCUAAGUAACAAGUUAUAUGAAGAACACGACAGGCUGGUGACGUGGAGGCUUCGAAAUAUUGUAAACAAGUAUAAAUACUUGGCCACCGGAAAUGCUGAGUUCUCCCAGUGGAUUGAAAAAGUAAACAACGCUGCUACCCACAGUAGCUUUAGCCUAAGGAUGCUAACAGAAACUGACUUCAAAUCAUACGAUAAGCAACGCCAAAUGCUUGAAGAUAACAUUACUCAGCGCUUGAACACGCUCAGAUCCCUAAUAUCAUUAAGAAAAGGAGGCAAGAGAUGUGUUCGAUUCUACCAGCAUCAGGAAAACGAACUUAAAAAUGCCUACAAGCUCUCCAAUCAGAGAAAGCAAGAGCUGUAUAUGAAUAAUGGGAUGGAAUGCCCUGCACGACCGGUGAUACAAGGAUAUGAUUACGAUUACUAUGGAGACUAUUGAUUAUAAAUAUGUCCAAUGAAAUCAAAUAAAAGCUCGCUUUUGGUUAACCUGUAUCAAACACCUAUU